AUGGAACUCAGCUCAACCCCACCCCCUGAUGAUAGGCGGCCCGAGCCCGAAUAUUGGAGAACAAAUAGAAUAACAUGCAAGAGCAGAAUCCAAGCUCGACGACAAGAAGAAAGUUCGAGCUCAAAACAAGAGGAAAGAAACCCCAACUUCAAGUCACAGUGGAAGUCCGAUCUCGAAGAUCUCAGGGGUCGGACCUCGAAGCGCACUCAAAGGUUUAUCGUAUUUCGCUUGAGGAAAAUCACAUUCGAGAAAAUAAUGGUUACUGGAAGUAAAAAGGCACAGGUUGAUCGGGACGCUGGUGUGGAUAUUUUCGACGGCGAAGAGUGGAAGAUACCAGAAAUGAAGCAGCCUCCAGCCGUGGCUGUCAAAGACCCGAUAAUGCAACACAUCCUCCCUUACCUCCCAGCCAAAGCCCUGAUGAGGUUCAGGUCCGUCUCCAAGAGCUGGGACCGCUGGAUCAGAAGACCAAUCCUAGCGCACCACCAGGCCCGAACCCACAAGUCCAUCACAGGCUUCUUUUGCCAGUCCCUCGACUCAGGGCCCACUUUCUUAACUCUUGAUUGGGCCGCUUGCGGCAUCCCCUCACACUCCCUCCCCUUCCUGCCCAACUCCACCUAUUUGGUCGCCUCGACCCACGGCCUCCUCGUCUGCCUCACUCACUUUGGGCCAGAUAUCUACUACAUAUGCAACCCCGUGACGCGGGCCGUUCGGGCUCUCCCAAGGCCUGGGCUCUACCAUGGGCUCAAGGCGGCCUGCGUCCUCGCAUUCGACUCGGCCCCUGAAAACAUCGAGUCCUACUAUCAGCUGGUGUGUGCCGUGCACCUCGUUCACCAGCCUGUCGUGUGCUUUGAGACCUACUCGUCCGAGACAGGCUUGUGGACGUGCUCGAACGCCAUUUGUCCCGAGGUUGGCCCAUACGAAUAUUUCAGCACGGGACUCUACAUGAAGGGGGUGGCUUAUUGGCACACGACGGGCAGGAAGGUGGUGGCUUUUGACCCUAAAAUUGAUGUGUGUCAGGUUUUGGCACUGCCUGAGGAGAGCCCGGCCCGUGGGGUUCUGGUGGAGAUGGAGGGGGAGAUUGCCUACGUCGGGAUAUCUGAGCAGCAUGGGGUGGGAUAUGUCCUGAAGAUGUAUUACGGGGUGGAGAUGAGAUUGGUGAAGAAAGUGAACUGGUUCUUGGAGAAUGUGGGUUCUUUUGGGUGUAAUUAUGGGGUGUUGCCUUACUAUGAGAAGGGGCGGCUGCUGGUGAUGGUUGGGGGAAUGGUGUACUGGUGUGGGCUGGGAGAUGAGAGAUUCGAGAAGGUGGUGGGCUGCGAGGCAUCCGAGUCCACUGUGCAUCAUAGGAUUUUCCCGUACGUCAACAGCCUCGUUUACUUGAGUUGA